AGAGAAUCAAUGGCAGAUGAAGACCACCUGAUAGCUGUUCAUGAAGCACAAAUGAAAACCCUAUUUUAUUAAUUUUCAAAAAAGUGGAGGCUUGGGAAUGGUGAAUCUUUGAAGAUAGCAUAGCAGAAAAUUUUCUUGUUUCUUUAACUUGUGCCUUUUUGGCAAUACUAAACCAGUUCACUGACACCUGUUUCCACCAUUUUCUCACACAUUUUUACACUGUCCCUUUUUCCUUCUGAUGAAUUUAGGCUAGAAACGCAUUUCGAUUAGGGUCUGAUUCUUCCGAUUCUACUCUUUUUCAUUUCAAAAGCCAUAUUGGAUUGAAAAGGCGCAAACUGCAAUCUUAUAUUCUUCAUCUUCACUAGCUUCAACUUUAUCUUUUCGAAUUCCCUUUUAGCCACCAAACUUUCUAGAAGUUUAAUUAUUAGCUUUUCCAUUUUGUCUAAUGAGUACGUCAAUAAACAAUUAUUGCUAGUGGCUUUGCAUUUUCCUUUUUCUCAAACAGUCCAAUCCUCCCCAAGAACCCCAGUUUGUCUUUGAGAUCAAAUGGCUUAUUUUCUGUGUUUUUUCCAGGGCUUAAAACCCUGGAUUGCUGUAUUUUUGAGCUUUUCAGGCAAUGGAGUUUUAUGGGUUUCCAUCACAACUUUUGCUUUGAUCUGCUUGCCAACUCUUAUUUUCACUUCCUGGAAACAAAAACCAAGCCCGCUGGUGCAAGAGAAAUCUUCAAGCAUUUCAUCAGAAUGUUCAGCUGAUGUUAUUGAAGUUGAAUCAGUGGAAGCAGAAAAUGAUCCAAUCAUGCAAAUUAACCUAGAAAAAGAUGACAAAGAGCCUGACGAUCGUGAAGAAUAUUUGGUUAGAUCAUCACAAGAUCUCUAUUCAGAAAGUGAUAUUGCAAGUAUGGAUCAGUACUCAACUUCAAGCGAAGAUUCUGAUCGAACAAAUUACUCGGGACAGAAACAACCAGAUUGCUCGGACGAUUCGAUGUCGGACGAAGAAGGUCUGAUUGAAAUAGCCAUCCCAAGUGGCCAAUAUCUUUCUCCAGAAAAAGAGGUGAAGAAGAAAAGGUUAACUGAUUUCUCUCAAGAAGCCAAGUUUCAGAGUAUUCCAUUGGAAUUCUUAGCAGAAAUCAAUGAAAUGAAUGAGGAAGAUAACUUGAUUGAGAUUGACAUUUACAUGGGAUCCAUCAAGUGUUCAAGGUUUGCAAUUUAAGCUAGCCUAAAAAAAAGUGAAAUAAAAACAGCUAAUAAUGUAUUUUUUUCCCUUUAAUAUCAAGGUUUUUUUU